AUAACCAAAAAAGUGACGGCGCAGAACUGGAGCGCAGAUCCAGCGGAGCAGCGAAAUUUCCGAUUGUUCACAAUUUUCUCCUUCAAUUCUCUUUCCCCGGCGACUUCCUUCCUCUCUCUUCUCUUCUCAUUUUCUCUCUCGUAAUCAUCCACACACGAACUCACCAUCACCAAAUUCAUCAAGCUAAGAUUCAAAGUCAGGAAAGAAAAUUGGAUUCAGAAUCUGUUCAUCAUCUCAUUGUGGACCUAGUUGAACUGAUUUGAAUUGAAUUGAUUUUAGUCAACUCAAUUCUAUCAGAAUUCAACAAUCUUUUGCACUUGUGUAUUUUAUUCGAUUUUGAAGAUAUUUUGGUGAAUUUUGGUUACCGAUGGAGGGAAUAUUCAACAAAAUUCGAAAUUUAGAUGCAUAUCCUAAAAUCAAUGAAGAUUUUUACAGUAGAACUCUUUCUGGUGGCGUCAUUACUCUUGUUUCUUCCUUAGUCAUGAUCCUCCUUUUUUUCUCUGAACUCCGCUUAUAUUUACAUGCUGUGACAGAAACACAGCUAGUAGUCGACACUUCUAGAGGAGAGACCCUACGCAUCAAUUUUGAUGUCACUUUUCCUGCAUUACCAUGUUCAAUUCUCAGCCUUGACGCAAUGGAUAUUAGUGGACAGCAGCACCUUGAUGUAAGACAUGACAUUAUCAAAAAAAGAAUAGACUCUCAUGGAAAUGUGAUAGAGACGCGACAAGAGGGUAUUGGUGCUCCCAAGAUUGAGAAGCCUUUACAAAGACAUGGUGGAAGGUUGGAACACAAUGAGACUUAUUGUGGUUCAUGUUAUGGUGCUGAAGCGUCAGAUGAUGAUUGUUGCAACUCUUGUGAAGAUGUUCGUGAAGCAUAUAGAAAGAAGGGUUGGGCAGUUUCGAAUCCUGAUUUAAUUGACCAGUGUAAAAGGGAAGGUUUUCUACAAAAAAUUAAGGACGAAGAAGGUGAAGGAUGCAACAUUUAUGGAUUUUUGGAAGUCAAUAAGGUUGCUGGAAAUUUUCAUUUUGCACCUGGAAAAAGCUUUCAACAGUCUGGGGUACAUGUCCAUGACUUACUGUCAUUUCAAAAGGAUAGUUUCAAUAUUAGUCACAAGAUCAAUAGAUUAGCUUUUGGGGACUAUUUCCCUGGUGUUGUGAACCCACUUGAUGGUGUGCAGUGGACACACAAUACUCCAAAUGGAAUGUACCAGUAUUUUCUGAAGGUGGUGCCCACUGUAUACACAGACGUGAAUGGACAUACUAUUAACUCAAAUCAGUUUUCUGUCACUGAGCACUUCAAGAGUGCUAGUGCUGGUCACUUUUCGACUCUGCCUGGAGUAUUCUUUUUUUAUGAUCUAUCUCCAAUCAAGGUGACUUUCAAAGAGGAACAUGUAUCCUUUUUACACUUCAUGACAAAUGUUUGUGCUAUAGUUGGAGGUGUUUUCACUGUAUCGGGAAUCAUAGACUCGUUUGUGUAUCAUGGACAAAGGGCAAUUAAGAAGAAGAUGGAAAUCGGAAAAUUCAGCUGAGGGGAUAAGCAUCGUCAGAGGCUGCCGGUGAAAUUUUGAGGGCAUGCGCGAGGACAUUUAUUUUUAUAUCUCCAAUGUAGUCCUAGAUAGUUUGAUCACAGAAGAACAGUUUUGUCACAGCUUCAGGAAUCAGGAUAGAAUUUUCAUUUAAUCUUUGAACUAAUUGAUCAUUCAAGAAUUCCGAAUCUUUUCUAUGCAUUUGUCAAUUGUCUCUUCCUUGUGCUACAAUUGUAAAUUUGUUGCCAAAACUUA